AAGAACCUCAGUCAGUGCGAGAGCAGCUGCUGGCCAAGCUGUAUUCACAGAAGUCACUUCAGGACAAGCGAGCUCAUUUAAAGCCCUACUCUGCCGGCAGCCUUCUCUGGACACAGCAUGAAGUGGAUGCCCUCGACCGCACUGGGCUGCUUUGCCGCGUUUAUGUUUCAGUCGACUCUGUUUUACGCAGUGCACGGGGCAGUGUUCCACAUCAAGACGGAAGUGCGUGGAGAACAGUGUAUCUGGAAGAAGUAUGCCAUUCCAGACGGAGCGCACAUCAACCUCGCCAAUCCCUGCAUGAGCCUUACCUGUGACUCACGGCUUAAGUACCUAAGAGGCGCCUCGUGUGGACGCGUCUCACUGCAAGGCUAUCCGAAGAACUGCACCUUGAAGAAAGGCAAAGGAAUCUACCCCAAAUGUUGCAAAACGCACCUCGUCUGCACGUGAGCGUCAUCUCUCGCUGAGAUCUGAGAAACCAAGUACAAGGCAACAGUGUCCGCCAUGUCCUCCUGCGGUCUAUCACAACGGCAAUGAAAGCCUGCAGGGACUGGACGCUUUAUCUGCCAAUCCGUGCCAAAACAAAGCAAAACAGUUGCGGACGCUCUGUGACAGCUUGUGUCGUGUUUUUCUGUCUGUUGUUUUGUCUCUGUGUUAGUGAACAGUUAUCAUCUCUAAGAGCACGCCGUUUUAAUCGUGCUUUCUGAGGCGGAUGACUGUGAGGGGCUGCAUGUAAGAAUGCUACGCGUAAUAAACAUAAACUCUGCUAA